CUUCCAUCUCUCCCCAUCCUAGGUCAAAGCGAAGUUGCCAGCCACAUCCUCGCCAUCCAAGAAGCCCUUCAGAAAAAGGGCAUCGAGUACGGUUUCGCCUUCACGUCUCCUGUGGGGGACCCUCACGGCCUGUGCCGCCGAUAUACCGUUCCCCAGCGCCACCGAUUCAACGAUCGCCUCCGCCUGUACUUCCUCCAGACCUUCGGCACGAACCGGCCGCACAACCAGACGCUCCCCGGCUAUCGCUUCAAGAUGAGCGUCGUAUUCGAGAACCGAUCGGCCCUGCGUAACGAUCCGUACUCGACGGUCGUUGAUGAUGGCGACCUCGUGGAGGAUGGAGACCGGCGCUUCUCUCCUAAUGUGGUACCCGACCUUAUCGGGUUCCCCUCCGACGAAAAUCCUAUGCUGCCUGCCUCCCCAGACUCCUCCGGCAUAAUGAACAUGCCUCAGACUCCCGAGCGACGUCUGUCACCACCCGCCCGAGCCGAAACUGAUCCGGCGUCGCCCUUGCGCAUGCGACCCAUCGCCAAACCACAACGCCAGGCAACCAAGAAUCUCGACGGCAAGUACUGCUGCACGUUCCCUGGAUGCACCGAGCCGGUUAAACAGUUCGGCCGAAAGUGCGAGUGGAGUAAACAUAUGGACAAGCACGACCGCCCCUACAAGUGCCCGGCCGAGGGCUGCGAGAACCUGCCCGGCUUUACGUACUCGGGUGGUCUCCUCCGGCACGAGCGCGAGGUCCACGGCAAGCACGGCGGCCCCAAGAACCCGCUGAACUGCCCGCACCUGAACUGCAAGCGCCACACCGGCAAGGGCUUCUCGCGCCUCGAGAACCUCAACGAGCACCUCCGCCGGGUCCACACGCCUGGCAAUAGCGGCCCGCCGUCGGUCGAGGGCGAGCCCGACGAGUUCGUCGCCCUACGCGCUCUCGAGACGCCGGCUCCUGCCGUCGUUGCUGUCAACGGCGGCGCUCCCGCUCCCUCUCCCGGCGGGGUCGGAGUCGCAGCCGGUAGCGAGAAGACGGGCGAGAAGCGCAAGGCCGACACGGACCUGCACGACCAGGUGAAGCGCCUACAGAUGGAGAACCAGCACCUGCGCAGCCAGGUCGAGGCCCAGAAGCGCCAGCAGAUCGCCAUGAUGGAGCAGAUGCAGGAGCUACGCGAGCACCUCGAGGGCCGCGCCGGCCUCCGUCUCGUCGGCGCCAACGACCCCGUCGUAGGUGGCGACUCUUCCGAAGACUAAGGGCGGGCCGGGGUGUGCUGCCACGAUGCGCAUGAUAGGACUAACCCUCCCCUCCGGCUCCCUCAACCCUCCGGGUCUUCCCCCCUCCUCCUCCUCCUCUCGGUUUUUUUCUCCUUGUUUUCAAAUUGCCUUUGUUGCUGCUGGUUUACGAUAAUACCCCACCCCGCGUAUCUGCAUCGUUGUCGGAGUUUUCUGUUUUUCUAUUUCUUUUUCGUCGUCUUUGUAUCGGGGAUAGGACCAGGGCUACACAGACAUGCAAACACACCGGCGUUGGGAGGUUUAAUCGUACAUACAUUCACCUCGAGGACGUUUUCGUACCUUGUUAGGU